AUGCGCCGUCCGAGCCGGGAAGAACGUCCGCGUCCGGCCGAGAAACAUCGGCCAAUCUUCACCCGUCCGACCACAGCGGCCGACCGAGAAACCGUCCGGCCACGACCGUUCCGACCGCCCACGACCACGACCCGAUUGUCCGGCCGAACGCCGUCCCGACCGACCGUCCGAACGCCGCGGUCGACCCACUUUUAUAGCUUUUUAGCCUCUUGUGAAAGAGAGCCGCCCUUGUGCAUGACUAGGAGGUCCAACAAGGACAACCUAGUUGAACAUCCAGAGAUAGACAAGCUUGAGAAGCACUUAGGAAGCAAAAAGCCCAAGAGAUGGCCGACGAAGCAGCUCGCGCUCACGCCGCUGAAGUGGCGCGCGCUCAAGAAGAAGGAAGAGAUCCACCUCCUCCUCCUAAUCCACAAGACCCUGCUGGAGAUGUGA